GUAGCUAAACUAACAUCUACACGAUAGCCUAGGCCGAGAAAACAAUACCUCCUACAGCGACCAAUCUCAUCAGGCUUGAUGUGGCGUGGUUAUCAAAGGUCGAGUUUGAUAGGGCCACAGGAGUCGGCAAAUUUCAAAGUCAGAAACGAGUGUCAGAAAUGUAAGCCUGCACAUCGAUGCGUCCGCAUCUGACCCUGCGUCAAGCUUGGCAACAUACACUGGCAGACGUGUGUGGCUCCACGCAUCAGAAUUCGCAACUGUACGGGCGAUAACAGCGCCAUGCUUUGUAAUACAGUAAGGUCUCAGAACAUGGCUGAGGUCUCGUGAGACUUUGUACAAAGGUCCCUCAAUGUUUGGCACAGUUUUGGCUACAUCUCCUCCACACACAACGCAAAGCAACCACAAUGACGCCCUCCACAAUCGUACUCAUCACCGGUGCGAAUAGGGGCAUAGGCCUCGGUCUCACCGAGAGAUUCCUCGCAAAAGCUGCCCAUACUGUCAUCGCCGCAGUGCGUGAUCCCGCGCAUGUCACCGUGCAAGCACUACAAAAGCUGCCCAAACAUACUGAGAGCCGGCUUGUGGUCGUGAAAAUCGACGCCAGCAUUGAACAAGAUGCGCACGAUGCGGUUGUGGAGCUCAAGCAGACGUACGGCAUUGACCACCUAGACAUUGUGAUUGCGAAUGCGGGAAUUGGGUACAUCUACCCUACAGUCGCGGAAGUCAGAAUCACAGACAUUGAGAACCACAUGGAGACAAAUGUGUAUGGGUUGUUGGCGCUGUUUCAAGCGACACGAGCGCUGUUGAAGAAAUCGGCGCGCGAGCCCAUAUUUCUGCCCAUGGGAUCGUCGGCGGGCCUGCUGGUCAAUCACCUCCCCAUCCCCAAUGCUGCGUAUGCGCCUACCAAAACAGCGGUCAAUUGGUACACGAUCCGCAUCAACGCGGAAGAAGAAUGGCUCAACUGCUUUUCCAUCGACCCCGGCCAUGUGGCGACAUCAUUGGGUAAUGGGGCCGCAAAGGCUGUGGGUAUGGGUGACUACGCGCCGCUCUCGGUCCGGGAUUCGUGUGACGGCAUGAUGCAGGUGUUUGCCCAGGCUUCGAAGAAGAAGUACGGCGGAAAAUUGAUCGUGUACACGGGUGAGCUCUCGAGCUGGUAGAUCAGUUAACAAUAAUGAGAACGAGAAUUCGUAU